ACGGAGCAAAUCAUCAAUCAAUAUCUUAUAUAGCCAAUUACUUUGAUGUCCAAGGAUGACAACUUUGUCACUUUGAUUAUCCAAUCAAGGAGUGAAAUAUCGCUAACAACGCCUGGUGAUUGGCUGGCGGCAAAUGUUCUCUAAUCUAGCCAAUUCAUUUACGACAGAAGAGCGCUCAGGCUUUGUCUGAAGUCGGCUCUUUUCUUCUAAAUCUACACCUUUCAUUGUGUAGUAUUUAAUAUUUCACAAGGCCUACCGCACACACACAUAGUCCAGAUAUGCCGACGCGAACAAUCGCUCUCAAAGCAACUGAAAGCUCGGCUGAAACAUCUCGUUCCCCGUCUCACCGAGUACCCCUCGAGGCCUUACAAAUGUUGACCCAGAGUGUUUCUAAAUGCAAUCAGGAGUAUAUCCAACCACUUCCCUUUAAGGUAGUAACACUAUGGUUGUAAUAUUUUAUAAUAUCUAAACGAGGUCCGGUUGUUAUCAAGUCGUACGCCACGCCAACAUCUUACUAAAACUACCCUUGAUUUUCACUUUACUGUCGAUUCAAACCGCGUCAUUAUUAUUACUUUUUAUUUAACAGGAAGAGGAACAGAAAAAGUCUCCUUUAGCUCUUCUAGCUGCGACUUGUAGUAGCAUCGGUAAGAGCGAGCCUUCAAAGGAGACAGGCGAGUCCACUGAGCCAGAUAAGACAUCUUUAGGCCGUAAGAUAAGCGACGACGAAACAAGAUCUUCUUUUAAACCUUACAAACACACCGCCGGAGAGAUUCAGAAAAUAGACGACAUGAACACCGAAAAAGCGGGAUUUCGAGCUCCUAGUAAAGAGAAUAACACAUCCGUUUCGCCCAUCACGAGCAUCAAGGAAGAUCGAGCGAAGAAUUCUGUGAUGCCGGCAUACUCGUCGAAUAAGGAGACACAUUGUGGAAGCAAUCACUCGAGUCCACAGAGCAGGUUAUGUGGAAUGUUUGUAGACCCAAGCCAACAGACUUUUGGUGUUCACGCACUUCAUAAGGAGUGCGGUCUGACUGGCUACGUUCAUCCCGCCUCCCUUCUACCUUUCAAGGGAACUAUACAACCAUAUCCCGUAUCGACUGGCCAGGAUCCCUCGUCUCCUACUUUGAAAACACACGCUCUUCCCACCUCCAUGCCGCUCAGCUUUCCUACAAGUUUCCCGCAGUGUGGCUGCGGAUUUUGCUCUCCACAUCCAGGCGACACAGCUCCGGUUUUGAAUAAUAUGAGCACAGGCAGGCAUUUACUUCACAAUCCAGUAAGCACACCCUAUAUGGAUUAUCUACAGAGGGCUGCUGUAUGCCGCGAUGUUAAUUGCACAAACUGCAAGCCACAGUAUUCACCUUAUGCGUUUCCAAACCCAGUUUCUCAAUGUGGACCACACUGCACUCAAUGCGACAGUGUCAAACCAGAUCAAACACCGCCAUCGCCUUUCCCGUGCUUUACCUAUCCCCAUAACAUGGCCUUGUACAAGCCUGGCGCCACCUCAGCAGCGGACGAGACCUCCCCUUAUGUGUGUAACUGGGUAGCGGGCACUAAACACUGCGGAAAAUCGUUUGCGACUUCUGAAGAUUUAUUCCAACAUUUACGGACUCAUACGCAAGCGGGAACCCAAGCUAGUCCGGCUGCAUACGCCGCGCAGUCGACUUGUAAUGUACAUGGUUGUCCUUGCAAGUUAAGAACAAGCCCGUUGCAAUCAAGCCUGCACUCCGCGAGAUACCGACCGUAUUAUUAUAAGCCACCGGGUUUUCCUGCCGGACCAACAGGUUGUUAUUCACCAUAUCCACUUCACGGAUAUGACGCGCACCGACUUUUUAAAUAAUCUUUGAACACUGGAGCGCACGGUUAACUUGCGUAAGAUUGGACAUUGGCCGAGUACAGGCUGCUAAUUUCAUGACUGCCUUAAAUGUGUCAAG